CUCUCGCGAGAUUGUGCUGGUUCCGCAUUUCGGUUUUGCUAGGCUGGGGGAGGCGAACAAGGUGGGCUCGGCUUUUUGCGUCGGUUAUAGCCUCUCGACCCUGGCUCGGAGCAACGGCGGCUGUUGGCGCGUUGAGAACCGAACGCUACCUCACUGUUCCCGUGUGGGCUCGGAAACCUAACUGCGGCAGGGGCCAGCGGCCCCUCCCCUCCUGCCUGAGGAUAGAAGAUGAGCUUCCUCUUUAGCAGCCGCUCUUCUAAAACAUUCAAACCAAAGAAGAAUAUUCCUGAAGGGUCUCAUCAGUAUGAACUCUUAAAACAUGCAGAAGCAACUCUAGGAAGUGGAAAUCUGAGACAAGCUGUUAUGUUGCCAGAGGGAGAGGAUCUCAAUGAAUGGAUUGCUGUUAACACUGUGGAUUUCUUCAACCAAAUCAACAUGUUAUAUGGAACUAUCACAGAAUUCUGCACUGAAGCAAGCUGUCCAGUCAUGUCUGCAGGUCCAAGAUAUGAAUAUCAUUGGGCAGAUGGUACUAAUAUUAAAAAGCCAAUCAAAUGUUCUGCACCAAAAUACAUUGACUACUUGAUGACUUGGGUUCAAGAUCAACUUGAUGAUGAAACUCUUUUUCCUUCUAAGAUUGGUGUCCCAUUUCCCAAAAACUUUAUGUCUGUGGCAAAGACCAUUCUAAAGCGUCUCUUCAGGGUGUAUGCCCACAUUUAUCACCAGCACUUUGAUUCCGUGAUGCAGCUGCAAGAGGAGGCUCACCUCAACACCUCCUUUAAGCACUUUAUUUUCUUUGUUCAGGAGUUUAAUCUGAUUGAUAGGCGUGAGUUGGCACCUCUUCAGGAAUUAAUUGAAAAGCUUGGAUCAAAAGACAGAUAAAUGUUUCUCCUAGAGCACAGUUACCCUCUUGCUUCAUCUACUGUUAGAGCUAUCUCAUUGCUAUCUGUUAGAGACUAAUGAUGCAGACUUCCUGAAAACAUGAUAAAAAGACCUAUUGUCUGUGUCUACUGAUAAAAUUGUCCCAAAGGUAGGUUGGCCUAAUACCGGCAGAGUGAGAAAUUCAGGACACAGCUGAAUCUGAAGCACUGUGUGACCACUCCUGUUACUGUCACUGAGUCACAUUUGGUUUUAAUAUGUGGUGAUUAAUCUGCAGUUUUACUGAAGAAAAUGAUUUCGUCCAUUUCAGGUUAUAGCAUAAUGGAUACUAAGAAUUUCCACCAAUAAUUUAUUAGUAGGUUUCCACAAAAAACUUCCUCAAAACUCAGAUUAGUUUUAUUAUGCUUUUAUUUUACAAAUAGAAGAGGCAUUUUCAAGUUUCCUUAAGAUAUGUAACAUUUGUGUCCCUUUGAAUAACAUCGUAGCUUGAAGUUGUAUGCUGGUGUUUUUAUCGAUAAUGCAAAUAUGUAUAUUUUUUCAAAGUCCAUGAUUGUGAUUUAAAUCAUUAUGAUAUGUAUGGGAGUAACCACAGUUAUUUCUAAAAUGACUUUAUUUUUUAAUCUGUUGGGGAUUUUGUUCACAUGAACCUAUCUAAAAUGUUUAGGGGUGUGCAUCAGAAUUAAUUUUUUUAAGCAUCUAAGGAUGGUCUUGUAGAUUUUUAAAAAACAUUCAGAUUAAUUUGAAUGUGUAUCUUUUGCUUGGAAAAAACGAACUUCCAAAAAAUUAUGACAAAUUUAGGUCUCAAACCACUAUUUUCAUUCACGUUGUCUUUCAGAGGCCUUGAGAAUCUGGCUAGGAGAACGGAAGAAAGUACUCCACUGCUUUGUUUGGAGUUUCCUUUUUUAAAUAAUUACUUCUGUAUGUUUUUAUUGUGGCUUGAGACUUAGUGAAGAGUACUAUAGAAAUGCACCAACUUUAUCCCAAUAAGGAUUAAACUUAAGGAAAACCACAAUAAAAAGAACUUGAAAGGUAUACACAUUUUAUAACACAGCUUAAAGUUUUAUGUGUUACCUAUUCUUGUGUGUGUGCAUAUGUGUGUGUGCACACGUUUAAAUGAGACAACAUGGGAGGAAUAAGUAAAAAAAUUUUUUUCAUUCUGUUAAUAUCAGGAUGAAUUGAGCCCCCAUAGGGGUUUUAUCCUGUGUUGUUUUUGUAUCAAAACUUGAAAUUAUUCUUUUUCUAAUCAGAUAAAAAGAAUCCUGUUAAUGAGGAACAGAUCUGAUUUUCAUCAGGUUUUUAGGAUUCAGCAAACACUGACAGUUUAAAUACAUUGCGGCCCAGGCACACUGAAGACUUGCCAGACUGGCAUCACUUUAAGCUCAUCAUCCUGUUUCAGAGUUGUGUCUUUUGCAAAGUACUCGCCAAUGUCUCAGUGGAUUUGGCAAAAGUUAGUUUUGAUAGGGUUUUUGUUGUUUAUUUUUAUUUUUCCGGACUAGAGCGUAAAGGAGAGAGUUCCUUAGAAAUGCCACUUUUGCAAUAACUCGGUUUCAGCAAAUUAUCAAAUAUAUACAGAAUUUUAAAGUAAACAAACAUUUCAUCUUAUUAGGCUGAAAUCAUAUGUCAUUUCAGGAAUAAAAAAGUGGGAUAAUCACUUACAAAAAAAAGAGAAAAGCCCUCUAUAAGACAUUUCAUAAUCCAUGUUUUAAGUUUGUUCAAAGGUGCCCUGUCAGGUCGUCGGUAUGUUCAUGUUAAUCAUUUACAAACAAGAAAGCAGGUCUCUUAAGAUGCCACUGAGAAUGUUACUUCCUCUCUCAUUGGCUUUAAUUAAGCCUGCAAGGAAUGAAAUUAGAUUUCUCAACCAGGGUUGUGCUUUCAUUAUCAUCUCUAAUAUUCUCAAACAAAAGGGUUCUCGCUUUUCUCCAUUUAUUUUCAGUGAUAGGAAUCCUCCUUCUCUUCAUGACCCAGCCCCAAAUGAACCAAAGAUAGGUCACGUUAGAAUAGUAUAAAGGCAGCUUACUAAUGACACAAAUAAAAUUAUGGUAAUUUGAGACUCAGAAUGUCCUUUUUAAAAAAAUAAAAACAUUGUCAGGUUCCCAUGCUAAUCUGGUUUAACCAACAAUGCAUCUGAACUUCAGUGUUAGCAUUUGUUUACAUCCAAAGCCAGGGAGGCAAGGGCAGGAGAGCUGGAGGAAUGGGGAGAGGAUGGCCCCUUCCAGACUGGAGGGCCAACUUUUGAUGAGAGUUGGAAGAAAUCAGCCUGACUCCUCUCUUGAUGUAUCCCCUGUGCCUGGGGUUUGCCCGUUUGACAACCGCCCUACCCUGACCUUCUUCAUCACUAGUCAUCUCUCAGUGUCUGCUCUGCUCCUCCUGCCUGGUGACAGUGGGGUGGAGAGUGCUUUGUAAAUUAUGCAGUUAAUCCUUUGGUGCUUCUAUUUCCAGGCCUUUAAAAAGACUUUUGGACAGUGAUGUGCAUACUAGUUUUUGUAUUGAUAGCCAAAUGUAUCCUUUAUUCUUCUCCGGACUGAUAAAAGUGAUUUUAGGGGGCCACAAGCUAACACAGUAUUUCCUUUGUAGACUUGGAGAGCUCUAGCUCCUGUGGCUCCUUGCUCAAGAAAUGCAAAUCAGUAGUCACAUGACUCUGAUAACAACGAAAGGAAACUGCCUCAGUGUGUGAGGUCAGAGGAACAGUCCCGGUGGUGAUUUCAGCCUUUGCACAAAUUGCUGAGGUUUCCUGACUAUACUGUCGGCCUUUUCUCUGAGCAGUGAGGUUAUGCUAGAAGUAGAGCUUCUAAACUUAACAUUAUUACCUCAGAAGCAUAAAUAAA